CAGCACUGGGGCCAUUGAGCCAUGUCGAGAAUCCUUCAUGUAUAAGUGUAGGCUGGUAAUGGCAGUGGACAGUUGGUGGUGGUGUUCAAGUUGUAGAUGGUGUGCUUGGCUGACUGAUGAGCCGCGCAACUCUCUCCAACUAAUAAUUCAGUUCGUCGCUGGAGCCGAGACUCGGGGUCGGAACGAGGCGCAGUCCCAGUUGCAGUCGCCGUUCAGCACCACACCACUGCUUCAGUUUCACAACUGCAUUGCAUUGACAGACAUCCUUGCCAUCUUCCUCCUCUUCCUCAUAUUCGUUCAUUGCAUAGGUUUCCGAGCUGUUCACUUGUCGGGUUAUUUCCUGAGCGGAGUUGCCGCAACAGCGCUCGAUCCUGGAUGCAUCCUCGAUAACUCGACUGUGAGUGCGUCCUGCGGGACACCACUCAGGACUCCCGCCGACCAUGGGCGACAACAAAUCCGCUUAUGAACAUUUGCCCAUUCCCACCUACGAGGAGGCGACUUCGUCCCGCCCGGCGUCCUCACAGGCAAGACUCGGCCCUGAAGAAAUCAGCGACGAUGCGGAAAGGCAGGGUCUCCUCCGUCGGGGACAGACUGGUAACUACCAGCCGCCCACCAUCGAGUCGGUACGGCCCAGUCUGGACUCGCUCGACGGCUUAGAACACAACCAAGACGAAGAAGUGCGUCGGGAGAUGCAACAGAUGGACGUCGAAGACCCUCUGAGUGAUGCCGCCGCGAACCGCUCCCUUCUUCGCCAUCGUCUUUCGAAGCGCUUCUCUAGUUUCACAAACUCCUUCUCCUCCCUUUCCUUACCCUCUUUCCGCCAAUAUCUCCCGACGUUCUCAUGGCCCCGGAUAGACUACCAACAACUCGACUCGAACCGCGUCGUCAUCAUUGGCCGGUUGUUUGGAAUCUUCCUGAUCAUGGGUGUCCUAUAUGUGCUGAUAGCCUCCGACGUCUUAUCAUUCACGAAGAACAGAAUGGGCAUGGGCCAGAUGUACGAUCCGGAAUCCAUCAGGGUCUUCGUGCAGAACCACAUGAACGACCACGGCCACAUGCAGAAAUACCUGGAACACAUCACGGACUUUCCGCAUAUCGCGGGCACAGAGGGUAACUAUGUGCUGGGAGAAUGGGUGGCGGAGCUUUUCAAAGGUUCGGAACUAGAGGAUGUGCAUAUGGAGAGGUUCGAUGUCUACUUGAACUAUCCUCGGAAGGAUGGGAGAAGAGUCGCCAUCGUGGAGCCUGAUAACUUGAAAUGGGAAGCGAGGAUCGAGGAAGAUCAAGAGCAAGCAUAUGUGUUUCAUGGACAUUCAAGAAGUGGAGAUGUGACGGGACCUCUGGUGUACGCAAAUUUCGGCUCUAGGGAGGACUUCAAAACCCUUGCUGAUAAUGGUAUUUCGGUCAAGGAUGCAAUCGUUCUUGUCCGGUAUUAUGGUUCUGAAGGUGAUCGGGCUCUUAAGGUCAAGGCUGCCGAACAGGCCGGUGCAGCUGGCUGCAUCAUUUACUCGGAUCCUUCGCAAGAUGGCUUUGUUCAGGGCCCUACCUUUCCUGACGGACGUUUUAUGCCAGACGAUGGCGUGCAACGGGGGGCUGUAAGUCUCAUGUCUUGGGUAGUGGGGGAUGUACUCACCCCAGGGUGGGCAUCGACUCCUGCCGAGAAAGAGCGUCUAAAACCCGAAGACAGUCCCGGACUUAACAAAAUCCCCUCCAUCCCCAUCUCGUGGAAUGAUGCGAAGCACUUGUUGGAAGCGAUCAAAGGCCAUGGCAAACAGAUGACAGAUAUUUGGACGGGUGCUCCGAACACGGAAUAUUGGACUGGAGGUCCAGAUUCACCAAAGGUCAACCUCAAAAACGUUCAGGAUGAAGAGAUCAAGCAGCCGAUUUAUAACGUUCUAGGGAAAAUCACAGGUUGGGAAGAACCCAAGAAACGAGUGGUGGUGGGAAAUCAUCGAGAUGCCUGGUGUACGGGCGCCGCAGACCCCGGCAGUGGUACCGCGGUCAUGCUUGAAGUCAUCCGCAUCCUGGGUGAGCUACGCCGCCUCGGAUGGCGACCACUCCGAACAAUCGAGUUCGCCAGCUGGGAUGGGGAGGAGUAUAAUCUUAUCGGCAGCACAGAGCAUGUCGAAAACCGGCUAGCAGAGCUUCGGAAAGACGGCGUGGCUUAUCUGAACGUCGAUGUGGGUGUCACAGGCAUUGAUUUCCACGCAGCAGCCUCGCCAUUAUUCGAGCGUUCGCUUGCUCACGUUCUGGACCGUGUCGGCGAUCCCUUUUCCGGCCGCUCGAUCCACGAGAUCUGGGAGUCGUCCAACCAGGGUCUUGAGGGACUUGGUGCUGGUAGUGAUUUUGUCGCUUUCCAAGACAUCGUCGGUACAUCUUCCAUUGACAUGUUCUUCAAGGGUCAGAGAUACCCUUACCACAGCUGUUACGAUAACUUCGAGUGGAUGUCCAAGUUUGGCGAUCCUGAUUUCAAGUACCACAAGGCCAUGGGCGAAAUCCUGGCCCUCUUGAUUCUCGAGAUGGCAGACAAGCCAUUGCUUCCUUUUGAUCUGAAUGCUUACGCCACCGCUGUCACCAAGUAUGUGGACGACCUGGCCACGUACGUAAAGUCUGCUUCUACUGCCAGCGGCCAGAACACGUUGGACCUGACUCCCCUACGCGAGGCCGCAGAGUCUUUCACCCGCGAAGCGCAGCAGUUCCACGAGUUCGACGAUAUCUGGCGCAAUUUUGUGUUCGGAGCAGGCGGGUUCGAGAGCUCGGCCAUGACAACAGCUCGGAGCAAGCACAAUGAGCGCAUCGCCCACUUCGAGACCGACCUGCUCGACCUCGAUGAAGGAGGCGGCCUCGCCAAUCGUACCCAGUUCAAGCACGUCAUCUUUGCGCCGCAGGCCUGGUCGGGCUAUGAUGAAGCGUAUUUUCCGAGCAUUCGAGACGCUAUUGACGCCGGCGACUGGGCAGAGGCACAACAUCAGACCCAGAAGGUUGCGGACAUUAUUGCCGCCGCUGUCAAGAAGUUGAAUGCCUGACCUUGAUAUAUGUUUUUCGUAUUUUGUGUAUUUUUGUGUCGCUAUUCUACUCUCGCCUGCUAGAUCUUGCUCAAAAAUUUUCCGAGUCGGUUUGUGCGUUCGUGGUGCUAUGGGCCUUGUUCAACGGUCACUGCUUUUGUUAAACUCAUGUCGGGCGUUGAUGAGGUCAAAGGCCCAAAGCUUGAUCUUGUGUUUGCUGGAUACAUGUACAGAGCAAAUACAAUCCUGGCUUCUGAUACAGUAUUUUAUCCUGGUGUCCAAUGUUGAGAGCAGACUCAAGGUAGAAAUACAAUGUAUAUUGGGCGGUUCGCAGUGCACAUCAGUAAGGUUCCUACCAGGUGAAUACCUAGGUAGGCAGGACUGUAAUUCAUAUUCAUUGCACAAGUAAUUUUAAUCGUGCUACUGCACAAUACACCGCCAGGUUCUACCUA